CCCCCGCGGCGCCCCACCGCCGCCCGCGCCCCGCCGCUCCGCAUCCUUCGGGCGCCGCUGCCGGAGAGGGGGGCCCGCGGCGCGGGACUGCCACUUGCUGCGGGAGUCGGCGGGCGGGGCUGCUGCGGGGGAGCCAGCGCUCGGCGCUCCGAGCGAGGACACCCGGCCGCGGGAGGAUGCUCUGCAGGCGGCUCCGCCACGGGCACCGCGCGGCGCCCCUCACCGCCGGCCCUUAUAGGUGUACGCCGGGCAGCGGCCGCCCUAUGUGGCCGCCUCGCCUGUCAGUCAGCCGGCAGCCACUCACGGGGCAGGAGGACGGCGCCGUGCGGCGCUGGGGGAGGCGGUGCUGCUGCCGGCGCGGAGAGAGGCGUCGAGGCACCUCUCCUCACCUGCCGCCGGCUCAGCGCGGGGCGGAGGCGGAGAGGCGCCCGCCCCGCCGGCACCGCUCGGCUCUCCCGAGGGUCGGGGGUCGCGGGCGGGGAACCCGCGGGGGCUACGCCGCGCCCGGGGCUGCCCGCGGCGGGGGGCAGCGACACCUGGUGUCGGGGCGAGGGGCGGCGCCGCUCCCUCUGCGCCCACGCUCCGGGGGCGACCGGCGGGAGCGACCGCGGGGCGAGCGGAGGAGGGGGGUGCCGGUGCCCAAAAUACCUCCGCCUCCCACCGCCGCGGGGAGCGGGAGAAGCCCGGCGCUCCGGGGAAGGCGGCUACAGCGAGAUCUGCAGCGUGGGCUACCGCCUGUCAGGGCUGCGUUCGCCGUGGGGAAGGCACUGUUGCCUCCAGCGGUGCAGGGGUGGGUGGCGGGGACACGGGUUGCUCCUCGGCUUCCGCCGGGCCGCGUGGGCCCACUUGGGCUGCCCCGGAGGGAGGAAGGAGGUGUUUGGCUGAGGGAACGACGUUUGGGUGGGAAUGGGCAACUCUGCCUUCUGGGAUGUCCGGGCCCACAUCCAGGAUACCCACAUCGACCGCGGGCUCCUCGCGUGGGCUGCCCCACCUGCCCACCCUGCUUCACCUGCCCCACAUCCCACCGGAAUGGGCACUGAGCCACUCUCCCUGCAACUACAGUGGCUGGCUGAUUGUAUUUAUAUAACCAUGAUCUUUUCUUUUUCCCCUUGGUGUUUUAACUUCAAGGUGCUAAUUCCUACUGCUGUUUUCAAAACUAAGCCCUUAAUCCCGUGGCUUUCAACACUGACCUGCAGAGCACCUGUGUGGAGCCAAAGCAGCAGAGGCUGAUCACUCAGCUUUCCUCCCGCUCUGUGGAAACCCCCCUUGGAAUAACACAAAUGCAUAGAAGAGUUGAAGAGGAUAUUCACUGCCUAAGAAAAAUUUACUUCUACUGAACUUUCCCUCAAGUGAAUAGUUGGUGAGAUUAUUUAGAAACUGAGUAUACUGAGCAGCUUAGAAGCUGGUAUUUACAGUUUAGCACAGCACGGGGAGUCUGUGCUUCCAAGUCUGCUCUGAGCAAAUACCUAAAGAUGCAUCGUUUACUGCGGAUAAGAGAGAACCAGCGAUUUUGAAAGCAGCAGCCCUCAGGACUGAGCUAAGAUAACAUGGGAUCUGUUACAUGGGGAGAUAUCGCUGGCAACAUAAAUAAACAAGCAUUUCUUUAAUGGUG